AUGAUCCCGCAUAUGAACCGACCUGGCUGAUAAUCACCGGCGAUAUUCUAACAGGUGUUUCCAGUUCACUUCUGAUACUUUUUCCCGAGAGUCACAUGGCCGUGACGUCAUGUGGAAUGCCUGAGUUCGGGAAACUCGGCGCCGGAUCUGUUCAACUUGUCACUGUUAUUAAAGAUAAUAAGAAGAAAUGUCGUUUUUAUCUUGUUGUCGUUCGUCUUGCCUUUCCACAGUAGAUGAAUCUGCGGAAAGCAGCGCGGAGAGGCAGCCCAUUCUUCCAGCAGAAUCAGCCAGGCAGUCCCGGCCCCCAGCCCAAGCUGUGGCGAAGCAGAAAGGAAAAAUACUCACCAAGCUGGUGGGGGUCUCAGAGCUGGAUCAGCACUUUGCGGACAUUCGCGACAUGUUUAACCAGCAGCAGGGACGCUACGAGACCAUGACCAAAACCUUGCAGGCACUGAGGGGCAGCUACGGCUGUUCCCAUGGAAACAGUUUCUCAGAGUACCUUAAGAGGAUAAUGGAGGAGCACUGUGCAGCCGAGGUCCGCCUGCAGGUGAGGGGCUUUGAGCUGACCCUCGCGGUGUCGGGCGAGCUGUCCGACCGCCUGCAGCGGACGCAGGAGCAGGUGAGGUCGCUGGGUCAGGCGGCGACGGCCGUGGUGGCGGCGGGGCCCAAGCUGAAGAACAUGACGGGCUGGGUGCUGCAGGAGGAGGCGCAGCAGGCGGAGCGCGUGAGGGAGGCCAGCGCCUCCCAUCAGGAGCGCCGCCGCUUGGAGGCCAACCUGAGGGAGAACCUGCAGGACGUGCGCCGCGUUGGGGAGCUUUCUGCCCGCUACCGAGUGGAGGCCGACGCCUUCCUCAAGGAGGCUAUCGCACUCGCCCACACCCUGAGCACUGAAGACUCCACACCCGCACCCUGAGCACUGAAGACUCCACACCCGCACCCUGAGCACUGAAGACUCCACACCCGCACCCUGAACACAACUAGACUCCACACCCGCACCCUGAGCACUGAAGACUCCACACCCGCACCCUGAGCACUGAAGACUCCACACCCGCACCCUGAGCCCAGACCAGACUCCACACCCGCACCCUGAGCACUGAAGACUCCACACCCGCACCCUGAACACAACUAGACUCCUCACCUGCACCUUGAACACAACUAGACUCCACACCUGCACCCUGAACACAGACCAGACUCUACCUGCACCCUGAACACAGACCAGACUCCACACCUGCACCCUGAGCACAGACCAGACUCCACAUAUGCACCCUGAGCACAGACCAGACUCCACACCUGCACCCUGAGCACUGAAGACUCCACACCCGCACCCUGAGCACUGAAGACUCCACACCCGCACCCUGAACACAACUAGACUCCACACCUGCACCCUGAACACAACUAGACUCCACACCUGCACCCUGAACACAACUAGACUCCACACCUGCACCCUGAACACAGACCAGACUCCACACCUGCACCCUGAGCACAGACCAGACUCCACAUCUGCACCCUGAGCACAGACCAGACUCCACACCUGCACCCUGAGCCCAGAGCACUCCCCACCUGAAUAUUUGAUAUUCAGGACAUAAGGACAUUACAGCAUUGUUUCCUGUUUUUGUUUUAACCCUUGUAUUCGGUUUACUUAUUAGCACCAGUGAAACUGUUAGCCUGGAUCAGAUACACCCAGGACAUUGUUGGGGCUUGGGAAAGCAAUACGGUAAAAAACUGUACAUAUGGUUAAUGGAUGCCAUUUACCUGCUGGAUCAUGUUUAAUAAUGAAGGUACCAUUUAUUUGUGAUAAGGAAGUGAUUUAUCAUGUUUAUCUGUGAAUUAAAAUGAAACAAGGUUUUCAUGCAGUAGAUUAUUGAUUUAUUGUUUUAAACUGACAUUCUCAAUUAUUUUUCAUUUCUCAUUAUUCAUCUUUCUUAAAUAUAGUCAAAGAAAACAUAUAUACCUAAAGCAAAUACAAUAGAUGAAGAAAUAGAAACACAAAACACACAAAAGAAGAACCAUGUUGACAAUUUUAUUUUGUACUCCACUGUGAAUCGUCUUUGUGACGCCGUCCAUAUAAAAAGCACUGUACAAAUAAAAUUGAAUUGAACUGAA